UGUUCGAUCUGUCCUAAAAACUGUGGAAGUUAAUGGUUGAAAUGGAAUUGAUAUACAACUUUGAAAUUUUUGUAUGUGCGAUGAAAACCAUUAUUUCUAGACUGACACUACAUCAAACAGAAUGUUGAUUGUAAACGUACAGUCCAGACCGUUUCAAUGACCUGAUUUUCAGUACUGAAAUAAGGAAACAGACGUGACGGAAGUGCGAUAUUUUCCGGAAAUCGAACAGUGAGGCAGGCGCUUAGGACGGCAAGACAAAGCGUUAGUUUAUGAGUAUGUUGGUGAGACUUGGGUUAAAAGUCUUAAAGUGAAUAGCAUCUCGGAAAAGUAUAGGACGCGAGAUUUUGUAGGAAAGGACUGGCUAUCAAAAAUGCCGUGACAUACCGUAUUGAUUACGCCUUCUUGUUACCGCAAACAAAAACUGAUGAAGAUAACGCAAAAGUAAUAGUAGUGUACAUGAGACCUGACAGAUUGAAUAGUAUGAAAAUUUGCCCCGGAUGAAUUUUAUCGUCUGGUUUUGAAGAACAGUGUUUGUGUUGAAAUGCGUUCAUUUGCCUCAAUGUUAGUUGACACAUCAAGUGAAAGCUAAUAUUAUUUAUUCUUUGAGAGGUGCAGUGAUUUUUUUAUGGGGUUAUGCUUCUCUUGCAGAAAGUCGAGACUAGAAAGUUUAAAAUCCGAACAGUUUUCCGCUUCUGCAACUCCACUCCAUGUUUGCGUGGAAGAGCAAAAGGGACCAGAAAUUGGUUCAUCUUCUAAAGAGAUCUGUCAGUACACAAAAAUGGCUAACACAAUCUCCAACAUAAAAAUGACUAAUCCUGUAAGGAUCCUUGUGAGUAAAAGGAGAAAACGAUAUACGCAGGAUGGAUUUAAUUUGGAUUUGACAUACAUUAAGAGCAAUCUCAUAGCAAUGGGGUUUCCAGCUCAGAAGCUUGAAGGUGUGUACCGCAACCACAUUGAUGACGUUGUGAAAUUUCUGGAGUCCAAACACAAAGACCACUACAAGAUCUACAAUCUGUGUUCUGAACGAUCAUAUGAUGUGAGCAAAUUCCAACAGCGAGUGUCUGUUUACCCUUUUGAUGAUCACAACCCUCCCAAAAUGGAACUGAUUGGUCCAUUCUGUGCUGAUGUUCAUGAGUGGCUAUCUCAGGAUCCCAGAAAUGUUGCUGCUGUCCACUGCAAAGCUGGAAAGGGCCGAACAGGUGUUAUGGUUUGCUGCUAUCUGUUGCACAGCAAGCUGUACUCGACAGCAAAUGAAGCACUCAGUUACUAUGCUGGAAUGAGGACGCAUGAUAAAAAGGGUGUUACAAUACCUAGCCAACGCCGGUACGUUGGAUAUUAUGCAACAUUAGUACAAGAAGAAUUAAAGUAUCAUCCUGUUGUGCUCCUCCUUAAGGAGCUUCGUAUAGAACCCUUGCCAAACCUAAAUGGAGGACAAUGUAGUCUCCAGGUAGUGAUCUCAGAUUCAAACAAAUUGAUAUUUACGUCACCUGUGUAUGAAGUCAAGAAAGGUAGUCCAUCUUUCUGCAUACCCUUAGACCAGAGUGUUCGGCUGGAAGGGGACAUAAAAGUGCAGUUUUUUAACAAACCAAAAAUGAAACGAAAGGAGAAGAUGUUUCAUUUUUGGUUCAAUACCUUUUUUGUUCGUGAGGAAAUUCAAGUACCUGAUACCCCUGCCAAUGGGAAUGAGGAUGGGGAUGUAAUCCCACCUCCUGAUAGGUCUAGUAGAGCAAUGAGUUGUGAUGGACAGUCUCACGUAUCGCAACUUCCACUCAGGCAUUCAAGAACAGUGUCACUUGUUUCUUUGGAGCCUGACAUGAAAAUGUUGGUGUUGAGGCUAAACAAAUGGGCAAUCGAUGAGGCUCAUAAAGAUAAACAAAACAAGUUGUACAGUCCGGAUUUUGAGGUGACACUUUACAUGCGCCGUGUACCAAGUGACCUGUCAGCCAGUAAACUUUGGCAGCAUACAGACAUGCAGCAACGAACACAUUUCCAGGACACCCCUAGUGAGUCCUCUGAGGCUGAAUCCAGUGACUCAGAAUCAGCAGAAGAUGAAGACUGGGAAUCUGUGGAUUCCGCUGAGCGAAGGGUUGGCAGGUAUCGUUUACUUUCUGACUCGGAAUACAGGCAUGUAAAUGAACUAUUUGAGUCCUGAAGGCCCAAUAAGGGCUGUAAUGGGUUAACUUGCUUACAGUAAUCUGAAGGUGGGAGAACAGUGAACAAACAGUGUGUCCAUUUUAUAGAACCAUUUUACAAGUGUACAAAACCUUGAAGAAAGGUGUAUAGAAGAUAAAAAGUAUUUUCGAUAUUUACCUGAAUUUUUGUUGCCUGGUGCAGAAUUAUUUAUAUCUGUUUUUCAUAACUGUUCAUCAACAUUAUGCAAGACAACUGUGAGGAAACAUUGUUAAUAUUUCUCUUAUUUCAAUGAGUCAUACAAAUCCACAUUCAAAUUUUCACUCCUGUAGCACUGUGCUGUUUUAGCUCAACUAAGAAAUAAAGAUACAUUUUCAUUUUCUGAAGUGAUCUUUGAAUGUAUGAUGUGGCACAAAAUUAUGGAAGUUUUGUUCAAAAAUUUCUGCUUGUAUUUUAAAAUAUUCUGGAUGUUUCUAUUAUUAGAUGAUGUGAGGCAGUGUUUAGUGCAAUACAAAUAAGUUGACAUGUCUUGUAAAUUGAAAAGCAUUUGUGUUGUGGCUAUGUUUCAUGUAGUUCACAGAAUAAAUGCAAGGUUUCUUGCUAUUAUUUCAGUCAUAUUUUUGCAUUUGUCAUUAUCG